AAAUUUGUUCUUGAUGCUUUGUAUUGUAAUUCAAACAGCAACAUAUAUCCACUUGUAGGCCACUUGAAUAAAUUCAGGAGAUUCCAUUUAUAUAUUACCCGUUGGUGUCCCUUCUGCUAGAAUUUCUUUGUCAUUGUCGGACGAUCCCGCGACGAAAACCGAAAUUAUUUCUAUGAUGUUGACCAGUGCAGUCUUUCACCUAACCCUGAUGUUCUGUUUAGGAAGAUGUGCUGUGGUGAAUAUUGUGCUUGAGGAAGAAGAAGAUAUAGCUGAUGAAGUGGUUAAUGUUCUAGAGGAAAUUUUUGAAGAUCUCCAGGUUGAUGAAAAGCUCACCCAGACCUCCAAUACAGGCUUUGCUCUGGAAAAUACAAAUAUAGACGUGAAGGUUGCUGCGCCAAGAAUGAAUUGUAAAUGGGAGGGUAGAAAUGGAAAGUGCUGUUUUAAAUUCCAUUUAAUUCUGAACAUAGUAUGUGUGAAAAUGCAUGAUUACUACCCAUAUCUAUUGUAUGAAGUUAAUGCAGGAAGCGUAAAGUUAAAUGGGCAUUUAGAUGAUCGCAAUAAUGACUGCAAGCUUCAUAUGGCUGUUUCGCAUGUAAAACUCGAGUUUGAGAUGAAACUCGAAUCUUUCUCCAUGAAAAGUGUCCUGUUGUGUUUUAAGGCUGAUUAUCAUACUGAUCAUUAUAAUUUCAACAAUCAAAUUGGCUGUACAAGUAAACAAUAUUAGAACGGUCGACGUGGCGGACCAAUUUCCAUGUCAAUAACGCAAAUAUCAAUUCAAUGGCUACCUUGAAGAUUUGAGAGCUUCAUAUUCAGUUGUAUAAAACCAACAAGAGAACUAUUUUUAGAUUGACAAAAAAAAAAAAACCAACUUAUUAAUCGGAAGACAAAAAUAGAUAUUGGGUUCGUUGAUAAAUAUAUUAAGUUUAAAGAUAUUUUUGCCAUUAAUUGUAACAGACAACUGUAAAAAGCGAAAUAAAGAAAAUUGAAGAAUGAAAAA